GGAUGUGAACGCUACUACUCUCACUCGCUCUCCUCCUCUCUCUCUCUCUCUCUCUCUCUCUUUCUCUUUCUCUGUGUGAUGCACUAAAGUGGAGUGCAGACUGCUCUGUCAUACAAGAGGGGAUUUUCAUUUGGAUUCAGAACUGUUGCUUUCUUUUUUUUUUCUCCCCGGAGCUUAACACCGGCACCCUGAGCAGCAAUAACUGGAUUUAAAAAGAGCGAAGCACCUGUUUGAGCCUUUACCUGUCUUUGACGUUCUCGGGAUAAUCUAGAAGUGAAAGAGGGAGGAAAUAUAGUCGAAAACUGUGGAGGUGAGGAUGUUUUUCCUGGGAAAGGGACGGAACUUAAACACAAGUGCGGGAGAGAGGACUGUUAGGGGAUUUACAUUCAGGUCCAUGAAGAAUUCUGAAGUGUACUUUAAAGGUAAACAAGACAAAUGUGUUUUUAGUGAGCGGUACUGAGAAGGCUACGGUAAGGCAGUAGCGUUGAAGUGACAACUUUCUCAGGGAUGCUCUGACUGAGAUCAAUUUUGACGUGAGAUGAGUCGUUCAGUAACCCGAAGAGGCUGCUUUUCUGUUGAAAUUUGCUGAGGGGCUAAUGCCUUAUCUCUAAUUUUUGAUGUUUUUUGGAUGUUGAGCAACAAGGAUAUUAAAUUAUGUAAGUUUUUUUGUAAAUAUUAUUUUGGCUUUGCAUUACUCAUCUGACAUUUUCAACUAUGUGAGUAAUAUUCCCGCUUGGAAAACCAUUUCUGAGCUUGUGUCAUCGUAUAAUUAAAACAUCAUCAUCUUCAUCAACAACAACAACACCACCAACAACCGUAAUGAGGAAAAGACUGAACGUCUCUGGGGAGGAAUUUUGAUUUUCAGGUGGACCAACACCGCUUAAAAAAACACACUUACUAACCCCUUGCUCCUUUUACCCCCUUCAGGGAUCUCUCUAUUGGUGAAUUGUGAACUGUGUGUGUUUAAGGGUGAUGGGGAUUAGAAUGAUGUCUGACUCUGUGCUGCUCCGAGUUCUCCUCGUGUCCCUACUGGGGUGCGCGUCCCUGGCCCAGGAGGACACCACCACCGACCUGGACAUGGCCGCCACCACCAAUCAAACGGACGUGGCUUCCUUCACUCCGGCGACCACCGAGUCGGUGGACGACUCCCUUUUGACCCUGACCACCCCCACCGCCGCCGAGGUGGAGGAGGACACGGUCCCGACGACGGGCAUGCGUUGCCGGGGUUACUACGACGUGAUGGGCCAGUGGGACCCGCCUUUCAACUGCACGGCGGGCGUCUUCCUGUACUGCUGCGGCACCUGCUUCUACCGCUUCUGCUGCCAGUUCCGCCAGCAGCGGCUGGACCAGACUUCCUGCUCCAACUACGACACGCCGCUCUGGGCCAACACGGGAAAGCCCGAGGCCGCGGUCACCGACCCGAUGGAAGUGGAGCGCGACCGCACCCACAUGAUCGUCUACAUCAUCUGCGGCGUGGUGGCCAUCAUGGUGCUGGUGGGCAUCUUCACCAAGCUGGGGCUGGAGAGGAGCAGAGGGGGGCAGAAUGACCUGAGCAACACCAGGACCCUGCAGGAGCUGCUGAAGCAGCCGGGAGUAGAAGUGAACACAGUGGACAGCAACGUGAAUAACCACCCCUCCCACGGGGCCAACGGCUCCGCCCGGAUGCUGCGCAGCCGGAGCGAGCAACACCAUCUCAGCAGCGCGUAUACUCCGUUUGGACACACCAUGGGCUUCCCACACCACCAGAGAGACCUCAGCAUGUCGGGCCUCAACAAGUACACCUCCCUGAAGGCCGUGGCCGACACCGCCGCCCGCAGCUACUACAAGAGUUACCCUCUCAUGGACUUCACGCAGUACCAGGCGCAGUACCAGGCGCAGCCCGUGGCCUUCCAGCCAAUCCCCAUGCACUUCAAAGACAAGUCCUACCUCCACCGGGCCGUCCCCACCCACGACAUCCACGGCCCGCUGUCCAUCGCCAUCCCCCAAACCCACCUGGAGAGGGCCCGCAUGCCCCGGACCACCACCCACCCCCUGCUCUGCAGCUCGGCCUUCCGGGCCUGGGACUCCUCGGGCAGAGGUCACGUCCAGAGGCAAACCUCACACCCGGGCCACCAGGCGCACCCGGGGCACCAGGCGCACCAGGCGCGUCGGCAGACCUAUGCCAGCAGGAGGCAGUACAGCAUAGAGGCCUUGCACGAGCUCUUUCCCCACUCCGUGAGCUACGGGAGCCAACUGUCCCACCACUAUCAACCCAGGUACAAGGGCUACACCACCAACAGCAAGACAGAAGUCACUGUGUGAAAAAAGAGAGGGAGGGUAUUUCCCAGCCAGGAUGGGAUGCUGUGGAAAAGUGCUCAUUGGUCAGUGUGACAAGCUCCACAGUGGAUCUCGCAGGCAUUUACAAUAAUGACGAGAAUGAAACAGGACACUCGCUCUUCUCUUCUCUUCUCUUGUUUCGCCCUGGUGUUGGUCCUAUCCACUGUGCGUCAGUCCCCUUCAGGCCAUUUCUUCUUCCUCUAGCUCUCUCUCUCUCUCUCCUCUUUCUCUCUCUCUCUUUGUCUCUCUGCACCAACAGGCACCACACUCUCGUCCCCCUUCAGUGUGGUGAGGUGUGUUUCAUUUUCAGGUCGUCUGGCGCCACAUGAGACAGUUCCCCCUGAGGCCACAUUAACUCAAUGAGGAUGACGCCACCAUCACAUCAGCUUCAAUCAGACCGCCCCCCCCCCCCUCUCCUCCCCCAUAUACACCCAUACACAAGAGAGAGAGAGAGAGAGAGAGAGAGAGAGUAAGAGAGAGAGUGAGACUGAGAGAGAAAAGCAGAGACAGAACUCCAGUGUGGUGAUGGCCUCCCCAAAAAGGAGAUAAAUGAAUACAAAAUAUUCCCUCUUGUUCUCUAUUCACUGUCUGGACAGACAGAGGGCAGGGUGGAAGUGCAUCUCGUCAAGCAUGUCUGCUCAUAUCCGAGCGCGUCUCUGUAUGACCCUGCUGCAGGUGUGUGUGGCAGACUUUGAGCAGAGGGGAGGAUGUGAUGUGACGUGCUAUUUUUGUCCCUCGGAAAUGUCUGAUGCGGAUCUCUGUAUUUUUUUUAUUGAUCUAUUUAUUUAUGUAUUUAUUUAUUUGUUAUUUUAUCUGUUUAUUUGUUUGUUAAUUGUGAUGAUGGGUCAAUGACAGGGCACAUGUUUAAAGUGAUGGGAAAUACAACCAACCAGAAACAGGCUCACGAAUCAUAAGUCAUCAUGAAUCAUCAGAGACAACAGGACACUUCUAACCAUCAUAACCCACUUUUUUAUUCACUAUCUUGGGCCAGACAUUAAGACAGCAGCUGUGAUGUCUUCCCAGUUCGAGUAUUUGGUGUGUUUAGUGUAAGCACAGGGCUGUAUACCUGAAAGCAUGUGGUGUUUCGAUUUCCUGUCUUGCACAUCCUGCUUUCACACUUUCAAAUGUAACAAAGGCAAGCUAAGACAACAGCUAAAACUAUGUCAGAGUUUUGCAGGCUUAACCUCACUGCCACACUAUAAAACGAUGAGUUAACCACAAAGCUAAGCUAAAGCUAGUAGCUUUUAGCUUCCUUGGCAUUGACAAAGACAGCAGGCUUCUAGUUUCCUUCCUAGCACAACCGACCUCCAACUAACAUGGUGCACAUCCAAGUGAAACAUUUCAUGAUUACAUUACAUUUUGUGGAUUUAAUGCAUUUUACAAAAUGGAUAUAACAGAAAAAUGUACCAGGUAUGACAGGCUUUGACCACUCUCUGAAUGAAGUGUUAGAUUUUAGGAGUCUCUUACAGUAGUUAUUGAGUACCUUUGCAAAUCCCUUAAUAACCACUCUCAAUGGCCAUUCAAACAUUUAGUCGCUGAUGUCAACAACAUGAUGUAGUGAACUAAUUCUUCAAAUCUUAAAGUUGGUACUUCAAUGAGAGGCAGACGACCAUAUUUUUGUAAGGUUUCGCCUCUCCUUGACUAGUCUGCAUCUCUUAUCCAGAGACCCCUCCAUGAAUACUUGGCUGUCCCCAGCAGGCCUUUCUGCUUGACCUUACAAGACACUCAUCUCUGCACUCGGCCCUCUUUGCCUGACCCUACAUGACACUUGUCUCUGCACACGGCCCUUACAGCCUGACACUUGUCUCUUGGCAAAACUGCUCCAUGUUCACCACACCACUCUAUUACAACCAUUAACCAUUAUAAAUACAAAUGUCAGCAUUAUGAAGUUGUCCAACUGAAGGGUUAUCAAAUUGAAUAACUUCUGUACAAUCUGUACCAAUCUCAUUUUCUUUUUCUUAUUUGCAUAUUUCUAUCCCUCUCCAAACUCACCGCCUUCAAGCAUCUGAAUCCACACUUUCAUAAUCCAAAGGAUAGAUUGGUAGAUUGCUCUGAUUCACACACACAGAUGUUGAGGGAGAAAGGUCAAGCCUGUUGUGUGGAGGACCCUCACCUUGGUAGAUUACUACAGUUGAAGUCUGUAGUUGAUCUGUUUUGACCUCAGUUUGAUCACCACCCUAAGGAUAGAUUCAAAGCCUCUAGCAUCUCAUAACCGUUACCUGACACUCACACAGAAGCCAGAAAUGACAACUGAUUCGUUGGAAUUCCACGCUGGCUAGAGGUGCCUAAGUUAUUCAGAGUGUCUCACACAGUAUUGGUUUUAUAGGACGGGUAACGAAACGGGUAACGAAACGGGUAACGAGAUAUCAAGAAUGUAUCGGAAGGGCAAAGGCAAUACUUCCAUUUAAUUUCAUCAUGGUAAUGUCAGCAUAAAAAUAGAAAACUUUCAGAAUGACCUGGUCAGUUGGAGACAGCUGAAUUGCAGGGUGUAAGACCAACACUGCUAUGUGCAAUAACUGUGUAAUGGGGAAGGCCAUUAAGGUAAGAUGUUCUUUAGGCACACCUUGUUAGUGUGGCACAGUUUUUAGCUGUCGAUAAACUCAGUUUGAGAAGCCAAAGGGGAUAGUAGUUUAGAGUGAAAAGCACAUGUUUGGAGGCCUGCCUUCACAGAGUUUAUAAGUUUAUGUACCUACACAGUUCUGAUAUAUAUAUAUAUAUAUAUAUUGAAAUGUUAAUCUUUCAAGGGUGUAUGUACCUUCACCAGUGUUUCUUUUUCCUGGAGACUGUGCAUAUUUCUGACCCAAAGAUGACCCAAUGUAACGGUUGUGUUUUCAUUGUCUUGACUUCUCUCAAAGCACAUGUUAUAUUUAUCCUCGUAAACAUGAUUUGUAUUUCAGUGUUCAACUUCCCAACGCAUAUAUUACAAAGGACCACAAGCUAACAAACCUGGAAUGCACCUCAAACUAAUUAUUUGAAGUAGGGGGAGAGUGGGGUAAGAUGAGCCAUCACCUGUAUCUGGGCAACCAUACAUCAUUUUCAUCUUACUGUGGAGGAAAGGUGGUAAACGUAUGUUUUCCACACUAGAAAAAACCCACUUGUUUUCCUAUCAGUUUUAUUUGUAUAGGCAUUUGUAAGUAUAAUCAGUCUAACAUUAAAAGUAAUUUAUCUCAGUUUUAUUAUUUCAGUUUUUCUAAGAUAUGUUGAUGAACUUGCAGUGUGUAAAAACAUAUGAGUGAAUAAGCUAAAGUGUAGCUCUGGGUUGCUAGUCCCAAAAUGGUGGCUGUUGGGCAAAAUGAGACAGAGCCUUGGGGGUGAGUUCAACCGGUGGUUCAUCUUACCCCCUCUUGUUUACAUGACAUUAAGUCAAAUUUUUAGUGUUUAAAUAAGUGUUGCAUCCAAACAAUGAAUAACUGACAUACUAUUUCAUAUUUUAGAUGUAGAAUAACAGCUGUCCACGUAAUUACAGAAGAAAACAGAUAGGGGCUCCAUAGGCAUACGCUUGUAGCCCUAGUUUAUGUUGUGGAUGACGUAGAAUGAUCACUCUUAAUUUAUUUGCCAUUUUGAAUAACAUUUUCCGUACAUAUGUGACAUGUUAGUGUUUAUGUCAUUGGCUACAGAGUUUAUACGGAUUAUACGGAUAUUCAAGACAAGGGAUGAAUCUGCUUAAUACACUAUUUAGUAACCGUUUCCUCCGAUGGCUCAAUUUACCCCCAACGUGGGGCAAGUUCAGCCACAAGAACAUUUUUUUGGGGGACCCCAUAUUUUGUUGUCUAUUUGAUUUAGGCACACUGUUUAAGCAAUAUAGUACGAGUGCGAGUGGGGUAGGUAAGGGAUAUUCCCACGGGUGGUGUUCGGCC